GCGGAACAGCGGGCACCAAGUCGUCUGGCAAGACUGCGGGCACUGAGUCGUCUGGCAAGACUGCGGGCACCGAGUCAACUGGCGGAACAGCGGGCAUCGAGUCAACUGGCGGAACAGCGGGCAUCGAGUCGUCUGGCAAGACUGUGGGCACCAAGUCGUCUGGCAAGACUGCGGGCACCGAGUCGUCUGGCAAGACUGCGGGCACCGAGUCGACUGGCAAGACAGUGGGCUCCGAGUCAACAGGCACGACAGUGGGGCACCGGGUCAUCAGGUAUCGGAUUGUCUGGCUCGACAGCGGGCAUCGGGUCACCAGGCAUCAGGUCAUUUGGCUUGCCAGCGGGCACCGUGUCAUCUGGCAAGGCAGUGGGCACCGGGUCACCAGGUAUGACAGCGGGCUCUGAGUCAAUUGGCACGACAGCGGGCACUGGAUCAGGUACCGGAUCAUCUGGAUCAACAGCGGGCAUCGAGUCAACUGGC